AUGACCAGUCGUCUCAACCCACUCGGCCUUGUCACUCCUGAAAGUCCUCGAGAGAUCAGUCAAGGUGCUGUAUGGAAUGUUGGAGGCUCUUCACCUGCUCAAACUGUCGAUGGUGUCCGAAGUACAAGCAAUGGUCGAGGCGGCCGCAUCACCAGCGGUACAAAUGCCCCAAUGUUUAGAUCAGACUUCUCCAACCAUGUAAAUGACGACACGGAUCACUUGCAUAUCCAUGGAAAGCGUUUGAGUGCGGCUAUGGAUGUUGAUCAAGCCAAUAGGGUCUUGGACCAAGGUUCUGGUCUGCUUACUCCGUCACACUCUCCAGAUGCCGAUGCUACUGCUGGUUUUAGCCCUUCGAUCUGGCAGAACAAUGAGUGGACAAAACCUGGUUCUCCCCCAUUUCUGGAUGCUCCAGCUCUUCGUGACGACUACUACUGUUCCCUCCUGGCGUAUUCAGACACAGCGAAAUGCCUAGCGGUCGGCCUUGGUACGCAACUUUACACGUGGUCAGAAAGCAGAGGAGUGGAAAGUCCUGAGAGUCUCGGUCCGCCUUUUGCUGGGCAUGUUACGUCGCUUUCUUUCUCAUCAACAGAGGGCGAAAGGUCCAUUCUCGCUGUCGGGCGAUCUGAUGGAUCCAUAACGCUCUGGUCUCCAUCGGAGGAGGGCCCACGAUUCAGUUAUACUCAUCGGUCUUCGGUCGCUUGUGUCUGUUUCAGUCCUCGGCCCUUUCGCAGAGCGUCGGUCCGUCAUCCUGGCGUCAAGGUGCAGGUGGAAUAUUUGCUGGUCGGCGAUGAAGCUGGCCAUAUCUACCUAUACUCAGUAGAAUGGCCGACUGCAGAAGACGUGGAUAUCUUCGCAUGGCCUGGAAGCAUGACUGUUCUUGCACGUCUAGACCUCCAUUCACAGCAAAUCUGCGGACUAGCCUGGAGCCCUGACGGCCAGUUCUUCGCUUCGGGCGGUAAUGACAACGCGCUAUGCGUCUUCGAGACACGACGAAUUCUGCAAGUUGAGAACAUCCCGGCGCAACAGCGGAUCAUGGUAAGGGAUGACUUUGCUUACUAUUCGCCUGUUGGUCAGGAGGAAGCGAGAUGGAUCCUGCCAAGUCAAGAGAGUUACCGUUACACACUGAAUGCGGCAGUGAAGGCUUUGGCUUUCUGUCCGUGGCAGCCUUCGCUACUAGCAGCAGGUGGAGGAAGCAAUGAUCGCUGCAUUCACUUCUACCACACCAUAUCCGGAGCAAAGCUUGCAACUAUCGACUGCUCAGCACAGGUCACGAGUCUAGUCUGGAGCAGAACGCGCCGCGAGAUUGCUGCUACAUUCGGCUUCACACAACCGGAUCACCCUAUUCGUGUGGCUUACGGCGAAGAGCGUGCUCUCUGGGCUAUUGGGUUUCCAGGCGGACCUGACAGUUCUACUCCUGGCGAAAGCUCUGGGAGACCGUCAGCAAGAGAAGGCACACCAUGGUAUGCAAGACGAACGCGCGCAGAGGGGUGCCUGGUAGUGGCUUCCAGUGAUUCGAGCAUCAAGUUCCACGAAGUCUGGAGCGAGGAGCCAACGUCAUAUCGAAGCGGCCCAGUGACGCCUAUGGCAACGAGCAUGGGUGUCAUGGGAUCCUUGGGAGGAAGCGAUAUCCUUGAGUCGCUGCAUGGGGUGGAGAAGGAGGGUGCGUCGGUGAUCCGGUAG